AUUGGUCGGCGGGCUCUCUCCGUGGCCGGGCUCUCCUGAUGUCACAUGAGCCCUUCUCCAAGAUGGCCGCCCGGUUGUUUUGAUGAAUAAUCCUGUGUGAGGCGGCGGCGCUCGGUGUCUCCCCGGCCGGAGCCCUCGCUGCUCCAUUGUGGUCUGCCAGCACCUGAGAGGGCCGGAGCUCUCCGUUCUUACCGGCCUGUCCUGCAGACAAUGCAGCCCUGACCCCGGAGGCCCCGACUCUUCCUCCCCCUCCUGUCCCUCACACGGACCCCGGGCCUCUGUCACCAUUAAAAGGAAAAUCAUGGAGGAGCUGAGCGCUGACGAGAUUAGACGUAGGCGCCUGGCUCGGCUGGCCGGCGGGCUACCGUCACAGCCCACAACUCCGCUCACUUCUCCACAACGUGAGAACCCUCCUGGGCCACCAUCAGCUGCUUCAGCCCCCGCCGUGUCCCACCAGCUGGGCCUAAAUGUUCAGGGUAUAACCCCAGCUACCUCACCCAUAGGAGCAUCAGGGGUGGCCCACCGGAGUCAGAGCAGCGAAGGCGUCAGUUCCCUCAGCAGUUCCCCAUCGAAUAGCCUGGAAACACAGUCCCAAUCCUUGUCUCGCUCCCAAAGCAUGGACAUCGACAGCGUUGCCUGUGAGAAAAGCAUGUCUCAGGUGGACGUAGACUCAGGAAUAGAGAAUAUGGAGGUGGACGAGAGUGAUCGCAGGGAGAAGAGAAGCAUCGCUGAUAAGGAGCCAUUGUCGGGGUCAGAGGUGACAGAGGAGCAGUCGCUGCAGCUGGUCUGUAAGAUCUUCAGAGUCUCCUGGAAGGACAGAGAUCGUGACGUCAUCUUCCUGCGAUCCCUCUCCGCUCAGUUCCGGCAGGACAGUACAGAAGUGUACUCCAACUUUAAGGACUUAAUUGGACAAAUUUUGAUGGAGGUCUUGAUGAUGUCCACACAGUCGAAAGAUGACAACCCGUUCGCCAGCCUGACCGCCACUUCUCAGCCGAUCGCAGCAACGCGAAUCCCAGAUGCGACUUUAGUACUGAAUUCGGGGUCACAUCCCGGCACCAGCCCCAUGUUCUGUAACCCAGGAUCCUUCGGCGCCAGCUCUGUAUCAAGUCUAUAUGAUACUAGUCCUGCUCUCAGCACUCUCCGUAUGCCUGCGGGUCACUCCCCCAUCCUCCCUGUACUGAAUACCCAGCUGAGCGGCGAUGCGCAGUCCCUGCCCGGCAGUCCUCACGUCAUACCGGCCAGCCCGCCUCUAGCCAUUACCUCCUCCCCACGUUACCGGCCUUACAGUGUCACCCAUUCAGGACCACUGCCCAUCCCCUCCAGUCCAAGGACCGCCAACGUCUCUCCCAUCAUUCACCUGUCCAGCAGUCCUCUGGCAGUGCCCACCAGCUCACCUAGACAGAGGCCUCUGUUAUCUCCCAGAGUGUCCCCAAGGCUGAACCGGAUGCCACCUAGUGUGUACGACAACCCUUUGUCCCUCCUCUUCCUCUCCCGCACCGAUGAGGCUGAGGACAGCAGUGACGAGGAGAACGACGAAGAGGAGUUCUCUAGUGUGCAGCUUGGGUCCAGCGGAACUAGUAGCAUCGAGUCCUGCGGAGAUCACUUCACUAUUGAGACGUGCAAAGAGACCGAGAUGCUCAACUACCUCAUCGAGUGCUUUGAUAGAGUGGGGAUAGAGGAGAGGAAAGCCCCAAAGAUGUGCAGCCAGCCAGACGUGAGCCAGCUCCUCGGCAACAUCCGGUCACAGUGCAUCUGCCAUGCUGCCCUGGUGUUACAAGGUGCCCUCACCCAGCCACGGUCUGUACAGCAGCAGUCCCUCCUGGUGCCAUACAUGCUCUGUAGGAACCUGCCGUUUGGUUUCAUCCAGGAACUUGUGAGGACGACGUAUCAGGAUGAGGAGGUGUUCAAACAGAUCUUCAUUCCUGUUCUCCAAGGCUUGGCUCAGGCUGCUAAAGAGUGUUCCCUGGACAGUGACAACUUCAAAUACCCGCUGAUGGCACUAGGCGAGCUCUGCGAGAUUAAGUUUGGAAAGACUCACCCUGUCUGCUGCCUGAUCGCCUCUUUGCCCCUCUGGUUGCCCAAAUCGCUGAGUCCUGCCAGUGGCCGGGAGCUGCAGCGCCUGUCGUACCUCGGCUCCUUCUUCAGCCUCUCCGUGUUUGCGGAGGAUGAUAAUAAAGUAGUUGAAAAAUACUUUUCUGGGCCAACAAUUACGCUAGAAAAUACCCGUGUGGUGAGCCAGUCGCUGCAGCAUUACUUGGAGACGGCUCGGCAAGAAUUGUUUAAGAUUCUGCACAGUAUCCUGCUGAAUGGGGAGACAAGAGAAGCAGCUCUGAAUUACAUGGCUGCUCUGGUGACCGGGAACAUGAAAAAGGCCCAGAUGCAGACAGAUGACCGGCUGGUGUCUACAGACGGAUUCAUGCUGAACUUCCUCUGGGUUCUUCAGCAGCUCAGUACAAAGAUCAAGCUGGAGACGGUGGACCCCAUGUAUAUCUUCCAUCCCAAAUGUCGCAUAGCGCUGCCCAGCGAUGAGACCCGUGUCAAAGCCACCAUGGAGGAGGUGACCAGCUGGAUCUCUGAGCUGAAUCCGGAUCCGGCUUCUUUUUCCGAACCUAAGUUUCCCACAGAGUGCUUCUUCCUCACCUUACACGCUCACCACCUUGCCGUCUUACCCAGCUGCCGGCGCUAUAUCCGGCGGCUAAGAGCCAUCCGGGAGCUGAACAGGACGGUGGAAGAGCUGAAGAACAAUGAGAGUCAAUGGAAAGAUUCCCCUCUGUCUGCCAGACACAGAGAGAUGCUGAAACGGUGUAAAACACAGCUCAAGAAACUAGUGCGCUGCAAGGCGUGCGCGGACGCUGGUCUGCUAGAUGAGAACUUCCUCCGGAAAUGCCUCAAUUUCUAUGGAAUGGUUAUACAGCUGCUAUUACGCCUGAUGGAUCCUGCUUACCCAAAUAUAACGCUGCCUUUACACCCCGACAUUCCCAAGAUCUUUGCUGCACUGCCUGAGUUUUAUGUAGAAGAUGUAGCUGAAUUUUUGUUUUUUAUUGUGCAAUACGCUCCUCAGGUUCUUUUCGAGUCCUGCACACAGGAUGUUGCAACGUUCUUGGUGGUGCUGCUAUGCAACCAGAACUAUAUCCGAAACCCUUACCUUGUGGCCAAGCUGGUGGAGGUUAUGUUUGUAACGAAUCCCGCCAUCCAGCACCGGACUCAGAAGUUCUUUGAAAUUAUUGAAGGUCACCCAUUGUCAACCAAACUCCUCGUGCCCUCCCUGAUGAAAUUUUACACAGAUGUAGAGCACACCGGCGCUACCAGCGAGUUCUAUGACAAGUUCACCAUUCGCUACCACAUAAGCACCAUCUUCAAAAGCCUUUGGCAGAAUCCGGGUCAUCACGGCACUUUUAUGGAAGAAUUCAAUUCGGGGAAGCAGUUUGUUCGCUACAUAAACAUGCUGAUUAACGACACCACGUUCCUCCUGGAUGAGAGUCUGGAGUCCCUGAAACGCAUCCAUGAAAUGCAGGAGGAGAUGAGGAACAAGGAGCACUGGGACCAGCUGCCUCGGGAUCAGCAGCAGACACGGCAGUCCCAGCUGGCACAGGAUGAACGCGUCUCCCGUUCCUACCUGGCGCUAGCCACAGAGACAGUAGACAUGUUCCACAUUCUCACCAAGCAAGUGCAGAAGCCGUUCCUGAGGCCGGAGCUCGGCCCACGUUUAGCAGCUAUGCUGAACUUCAACCUGCAGCAGCUGUGUGGGCCGAAGUGCAGAGACCUGAAGGUGGAGAACCCGGAGAAGUACGGCUUUGAACCAAAGAAGCUAUUGGAUCAGCUCACUGAUAUUUACCUGCAUUUAGACUGUGCCCGGUUUGCAAAAGCCAUAGCGGAUGACCAGAGAUCCUACAGCAAAGAUCUGUUUGAAGAAGUCAUUUCCAAGAUGAAGAAGGCCGGGAUCAAGUCCACCAUCGCCAUUGAGAAGUUCAAGCUCCUGGCUGAGAAGGUAGAGGAGAUCGUGGCACGGAACGCACGGGCAGAGAUAGAUUACAGUGAUGCGCCAGACGAGUUCAGAGAUCCGCUGAUGGACACGCUGAUGUCUGAGCCGGUGAGGCUGCCGUCGGGAACAAUCAUGGACAGAUCUAUCAUUCUGAGGCACCUCCUCAAUUCCUCCACAGAUCCUUUUAACAGACAAACACUGACUGAGAGCAUGCUUGAACCAGUGCCAGAACUCAAGGAGAGGAUCCAUGCAUGGAUGAGGGAGAAGCACAAUGCUGACCAAUGACGCGAUGGUAAAUCGUAGAGCGGUUUUUUCUACCAGUGGCUGUACGUAACCACAAGAGAUGGAAACCUGUACAUAUAUUUAAAUAUCACAAGCAUUGACGAGCUCACCCAACAGAAGAAAAGGGGAUUAUAUUUUCUUAAUAAGGGCCAGCGUUACCGUACAGAAAGCAGAGACCCUUCUGUUUCUCAGUGUGUGAAUAAAAGGUGGACAGGCGGCAUCAAGGUUUCACUACAAGCCAGUGACAAGCCAACUGCAUCAAUGUCUCGGUUCCACCAUUUUUUUUUUAACUUUCUGAUUUUUAUUUUUUAUUUUUUGUUUUUACAUUUCUGCUGCUACUUUUUCCCAUUACUUUCCCUUCCUCCCUGCCAGGAUCCCAGCGUCCAUCAGAGGGGAUGUACACAAGUUUUGAAAGACCGUAAUGAAUUGAUGUCAGCCCUGCCGCCCAAGCUUUGCAUCCAAGAGCAAAAUACGGCCCCUGGAUCAGGGACGGCGGCAUCUUCUGGCAAAAUGUGAUUCAGGAGUGGGUUUUUAUAGUGUGUGUACAUGGAAGACACAAAAUUCACUAAUCUAGGAAAAUAAUAAAGGAAAAAACACAACAUAUAUAUAUAUAUAUAUAUAUAUAUAUAUAUAUGUGUAUAUAUAUAUAUAUAUAUAUAUAUAUAUAUAUAUAUGUAUAUAUAUAUAUAUAUAUAUAUAUAUUAAAAUAUUCAAUUACUUUUAAGUUUAGAGACAGGAUAAAGCUAUGUUUUAUCACAGGCCGCCAUGCUUGUUUUCGUUCAGACGCUCAUGUGCUUAGAGAUUGCGUUUUCGUUUUGAAUGACCGCACUGGAAAUUGUUUUUAAUUGCUGGCUUUCUUGAGAAUCGUAUACGCCACCCCUACUUUGCACCCCCUCCUUUUGCCCGUGAGGGGGACAGAUGCCAGAUGCACGACAGAUGCCAGGUCACACCCAUUGUUUAGCCUUACCAAAGUGAGCGGUGUCGGGAGUCUGGCAGUGAAGGGGGGGGGUUAUUUUUUGGCUUUUUUUUUUUUUAAAGCUUUUUUUUUUUUUCCCCUUUCUCUUGCUUUGUUUUUUAUGAAACCUUUUUGUAUUACUACUCUCCACACCAUACUUGAAUCCCUGUACUCUCUAUGUGGAAGGGCAGGUACUGUACGUUUUAAAAUGAAGCCUGUGAAACAGAAAAGUGGGUUUCUCGCUCCUUAUAUUUUCAGUUUUCCUGCAGAAUUACUCCCUCCUUACCGAUGAGUUCUGGACUCUGAAAAUACAAUAAAUGGUGACAAACAUUGCAGAGCCUUAAUGUUCAUUGUGUCGCUGCGGUGACCUGCGACCAGAGCCUUCCUGCUGGGGUCAGAUAGAUGCUGCAGCCGUGGACCUAGUACAGCAUAGCACACUAUAACCUUGUAUGGUUUUAUGGUUGGAUGUGCCACGUAAGGCUGUUGUCACACAGGGCUGUGUAGGGCACUAUACUAUUACGGCCAUGAAAGCCAGAUGACAUGCAGGUCGCAUUUGCUGUUGUGCGUGUAGCGUGACGGGAACAGGAGUCCUCUCGUCACUAUGGGUGUUGACGGGGGAGGUGUGCCAUUCUGCAACACCGGUGUGGCACUAGCUCAGGGGAUGUUAUACUUAUGCCUGUGUAAUGGUAACGUUGGAUCACCUUGGUGGAUUAAACAUGGAUACAUUUGUG